AUGGUGCCCCAGGAUUACGGGAAAGGGAAUCGUCCACGACGAGGGGGAAGAAUCGCAGGGCAGAAUGGGCGUUCGAUAAUAUUCUUGAUAUCAAUAUUCAUCGCACUUCUCACGCCUCGCCGCGCCAAUGGAGCGUUCGUCAACUUUGAAAAUUGUCUCCCCCCGUCCAUCGUCCACUCAGACCCUCUCCAGCUCCAGUUCAAGCCGAUGUAUGUCUGGGCUGUGUUGGACAUCACUUCGGAGGCCAGAAAUCUGAAUGUGACAGUGUAUGGGAAUGUUACUGGAAUUGCAACCCAAGAACCCUAUCCUCCUCCCGAUUCUCCUAGCUGGUCUGAUCCAAAUAGCACCGUUGGGAAGAUCGUUGACGUGGAUGUUAAGAAUAAUAUGUUCUCCACGCUUUUUUCAAGAUUCGAGGUCCUCAGCUAUUCUCCAUACGUUGCCCCGGCUGAACGAUUUUGUGAUUCUUUGAUCCAGGGAGAGUGUCCCCUAGGCCCUGUUUUUGGUUCAAAUGGAACUCCACCCGAAUUACGAGCUUUUUCCGUUGCCCAUGACUUAUUCUCCUCCUAUUCUUUCACGGCCAUAACACCCGUACUUAGAGCAACAGCUGGUGAUGCUGCUCGGUCUCAGAUUCUUUGUGUAUCUGCUGAAAUUACGCCUGUCUUAGGACCAACACUAAAUGACGUCCUUAGAUAUAUCACCCUUGCCAUUCUCAUUCUAGUGGCGAUUGCGACGAUAUCCGCAGCCAUGUUCAGUCCAUGGGGUUCUUUGGAUCUGUUUCGUUGGACUUCCAAUUACGGACGAGACGAGGAUUUGCUGCGACUUGUUACCCCAGGAUUCGCCGACUGUCUCCAGUAUAUUCAAUUUGUGAUUCUAACCGGAUCUUUAACGUUGAAUUACCCGGGAUUCUAUCAGCCGAUUGUAAGCAGGGCAGGAUGGUCUGUCCUUAUGUUCAACCGAAGCUUUGUCAGCCAUGGAAAUGGCACAAAUCCUAAUCAGGACGGAAUGUAUGUUGUCAACGCAACCUAUGGACUAGACCGAAUGAGUCACCUGAUCGGCAUGUCGUCGGUCAAAGAUAUAUGGUCUGGGAUGGUAAUUUGGCUUCUUGUGAUUCUUGCAUGUGUCGUUUUCAUGAUCCAGCUGGGAUUCGGCCUACGGUGGCUACAUCACCAAGUCACCCAUGAACCAGAGGAAGACCUUCGCGCCAAAAAUUUACCGUUCACCAUGGGCAACGUUAUUCGCAUCGUCUUCAACUAUUUCCUGCUGCCAAUUGUAUCAUUAUCUAUGUUCCAGCUAGUAGCUACUCGCCAAUCCCCUAUUUCUACAGUGGCUUUGGCGGUUGUGCUGCUUGUUGGACUGGUUGGAUUUGCUGCUUGGCUCUUAAUUCUCAUUACGCGAACGCGCCCACGCUCAUAUAUGUUUGAUGACCUUCCGACGGUUCUCCUUUAUGGUUCUUUGUAUAAUACAUUUUCCGAUGGUGCCGCAGCUUUCUCUGUAGUAUCCGUUCUUCUCACGUUCGUUCGUGGCAUCGCGAUCGGAGCCGUCCAACCUUCAGGGAUUGCACAGAUUGUGCUUCUAGCGAUUUGUGAAGUUGUCCUUCUCCUGACGCUAUCCGCAUUCCGCCCCUUUCCGUCGCCAACAUCUAUGAACCUCUAUCAUGCGAUUUUCUCCACCAUCCGCUGUCUCACGAUACUUCUGAGUGUUGUCUUCGUUCCAUCGCUAAGUGUCGGCCACGCUGCAAGGGGCUGGAUUGGUUACGUCAUCCUUCUCCUGCAUGGGAUGGUUCUAGUCUUUGGAUUCUUUUUGAAUGCUAUUCAGACCUUGGUUGAGGUACUCGCUCGGCUUGCUGGUGCUGGCGGUGAGGGCGGAGUGGAGGGUGGGGCGGCAAGAGGUGGCCUUGUAAAGGUCUUUGGAAUGCGUCAGCUUUCUCGCAGAGUUCCGCGAGUGCCGCAUCAUGUCCCUCGCCACAGCGCGGCCUCAGAAGUACCGAUCUUAGGCUCGGAUGGAGGAAGAAUGUCAAGCCAUGUAGAUGGUGACAGAUCUCGGAGCUUUUCUGGCAGUUCAGCACUCUUGUUAAAACGUUCUGCGGCUACCGAGAACCGUGUGAGCGCUGGUUUCGAGGCGAGUAGUUUGUACGGAGGAGGCCAUCAUCACCAGAGAAGCGGGAGCGGACCGUACACUCCUACGACUACGGGAGGAAUCUCACAUUCCACAUUCCCUGGCCAACAUUCGGGAGGCAGCGGAUCGCCGCACAGCGCUUUGGCUAGCGUAAAGCAUACAGAUAACAUCGGUCCUUAUUAUCGGCCUCCGAGACAUCGGCGAGCCACUUUAGACGGAAUGUCGCCUAGCAGCCGCACCCACACCUCGUGGACUAGUGGUGAUUGGACUAAUCGACGGUCAGGCAGUCAUAUGGAUGGCGAAGGGGCUGAUACGAAUGACGGUACCCCCGUCACCGGGAGCAGAACGCCUGUCCCAGCCUACCUUGCAACUCCUAGGGACGAGUCGGAUGCGGAUAUGGACGAACCGGGCCGUUCAAGGACUGACUAUGCUGUCCGGGAGCACGAACCAAAAUUGAAAAUGGAGCAAGCAGCCCCUACGUUACCUCCUAUUGAGGCAAGUGAAUCUAUCGAGCUUCCACACCGAACAGGCUCCAAGAGCGACACGCACGAACAAGGAAACUCCCUGACACUUCCACCCACUAUUCCCCGCAAAAGCUCUAAACGGUACUCCGCAGUCGACAUGGCAGACCGAAUAAUCGAACCUGAGGCCGGAGCUGGACAUGGAGUGGACGUCGAAGUCGCAUCCCAACCCAUUUCUUCUGAGGAAAUUAAACAUGCCGACAAUCCUGAUAUUCUUGUCCAACCAUCUUCACAACCAACCACCGCUCAAGCCACUCGACUCCCCUUCAGCUCCAAACCCUCUUCAGUGCGGAGUGAGUUCGUCUCUACAAGAUCAGCCAAUUCUAGUAUUCAGAACACGACGGACGACGAAAACAACAACCAAGGGCAAAAACGGCGAAGCUCGAGGCCCUACUCGCCUUCCCGUCGUAACCAAGGCCGGCCGUCGAGCAUGGGAUUCGUUCAGAUGCAUCGGGCAAGCGAUCAUAUACACGUCACUGACACUUUGCCGUUUUCCGAAAGCACGGCGGAGAUCGUCAACGGGACUAUAGACAUUUUUCCCACUCAUUUUCUAUCCGUCUCUCUGUUUAUCCACCUCUUCCGCUGA